UGGUAGCACGGGAAUACWGAACAAGGCAUGCUMCAUAGUAGAACGAUGAGCAAGUMUUUGUAAAGGAAUUCAUAGUAGCACAGACMAAUACCAGGUUUUGGAAGAGCGCCAAGAAAAAWUUKWACGAACUUAACCUCCACAGAACAAACAAAUACAAGAGUGACAGCUAUUUGAAAGAGYCUCACAAGUCACUGUUUUAGCACCAAAUCAUGACGAUUUUAGUUCUAGACCAGCACGAGGAUUCUGAUUGGAAUGAACUCCCAGCGUGGGUGCGAGAUGCCGCAGCCCACCUGGGCUACACUAAAAAACUUUGGGACAACGAUAGGGAGCCAUCAAUCUGCGGAAAAGACUGGAAGAAGCUGAAUAAUUUGCAACAAGAGGCGGCAACACGYCUCGGCUAUACAGAAGAGCUGUGGGAUGACAGCGAUGAUGAUAGUUGCAGUUGUAGCAGCAGCAGCAGCAGCGAGAGCGAGAAUGGAGCCGCCGUGCUCGUUCUCGACAAWUACGACGACUCCGAUUGGGAAGAACUCCCAGAAUCGGUUCGACGUUCUGCGACGGAACUAGGGUACACAGAAUUACUGUGGAACAAUGAUCAAGAGCCAGAAAUUUGCGGAAUCGACUGGGACAAAUUGACUCUUUCUCAGAUAGAAGCUGCAACACGCCUUGGUUACACAAGAACAUCUUGGGACGACGAUGGCGAGAGCGACAUCCCAGGAGAUUGCUGCGAGGACGAGAAUGGCAAGCACUUUGCUCCUUAUUUUAAGAGCAYUUACGAAAAAUGGACUGUUUAUUGCAUCCAGCUGUAUACGGAAACCAAGGACUACAAACUCCAGAUCCGAGAUGGCAUGGGGAUUUCUAUGCACGCAAAUCGWCAUUUUGUAAAAAAUGAGGUUAUCGUUCAGGCUCCCGUAGGUCCGUGCAACCACGAACAACUCUUCCGGGCAACGCCAUCCGAAGAUAACGGUUUGACACCCGAGCGACAGGCCUUUGCCGAACGAUUCCUCGAAUGGCAUGCAACGCAUCGAGGAAAAGAUCGUGCUGGUGCCGCAUCCACCUGCGUGUAUCCGACGCUUACCGAUUUCUCGAAUCUUCCCACCACGUCCUCAGACUACAAGAUACUUCCCGAUGCAGUCAACCCUCUUUACARAAUGGAAAUAUUUGAGCACGAGAUUGUCGUUGUYGAAUUUGUCCCUCCUCCGUCCAAUCCUACCUACAAAUUGCCACCGGACCGACAAUUCGAGAUUUUGAGUUUUGAUGAGGGAUUGAUCGGYGGGCUGGGCGAACCCAACUAUUCUCCUGAAAAAAUGAAACGCCGACCGACCAGGUGUGGUGUGGAACAUCGUGAUCUAGAGGUUCCGGGACAUUUCAGCAACCACGCCUGUGGGUCWUUCUCAACUGCRUACGACAUUUUGCAUCCCGAUGAUUGUGAACACGUGUCUCGGAAAAUCGUGCCCAAACAACACCUGUCCUGGAUCGAAGACGAGAUUCGAUCCAAGCAGGCCGCAUACGAAAACGGCGASCCCGGCGAUCAAAUGAGGACCCGUCGCGAACUCUUACCCGGGGAAGAAAUUACUACCGACUAUAGUAGGUGGCACUGGUCGAACGGCGACGUGCUUGUGACCGGCGGCAGCCAGCAAACCCCCGUUGGGUACUUUUUUGGCGCAGAACUUAGAGACGGAAAUAAAGAUGAAUCYGCGUCUGAACGCUGGGAUUGGGAUAMAUUGCCACCUCGGAUUCAAUGGGCCGGUCGAGUUCUGGGGUACUCAAAGAAACUCUGGGAGGAUGCAAAGGACCCACCUAUAUUUCAAAAGAGGUGGAAGCACCUCACACCCUUAGAACGCGAAGCGGUUAUUCGUUUAACUGGUCACACAAACGAAACGUGGGAUACGAGACACAAGAGUCAAAAUACUUUCGAAACAAUGAACGAAGAUGAUGAUGCAUCAUUCGCCUCUUCUUCGACGGUGACUUCCAUUGACGAUUUGGACUGGAAGGAAUUGUCCGAGGAACAACAAAAUGCUGCGACUUUUCUUGGCUACACCAAACGAACCUGGGAUGAAGACGCAGAUAUAAUGGAYRAWCACAAUUCUUACUUUCACGGUAUCCGACCAGAAAUCCGAGACGCCAUGGCGGUCCUUGGACAAACCGAACAUGUGUGGGAGGAAAGUGACAAUUACGACGGUGAAUAUGGGGAAUCGGAACCGUGGUUUUACUGCAUUUGUGGCAGUCCCAAUUGCCACUCGUCCAGGGCRAAGGGAGGUUUUCGGGGCGUCAAGUAUUUUAGUCUCGAGGAGCAGAUGCAGAUUGCGGCAGUAUGCGAGCCGUGGAUCCAGCAAAAUCUCCUAUGGAAAMUCUACCAGCUCGAACAGGACCAAAACACCGAAGCCAAAGAGAAAAAAAUGUCGGGAUGAACCCCAAGAAUGCAUGCGAUAGCUAGAAGGUGGUUUCGCUGUCGAGUUCAGGCAAGAACUAAUUUUUGUUGUUUCCUCUAAAACGAAUUUGGAACAAAAUGGAAAACGUCGU